CAAAAUUCUCAAGGGGCAAGCGGGAAAAAUAAAAAUAAAAAUAAAACGCCUCUCAGGGAGUCCCCCCACCACAUGCAUGCCCUGAUCACCCCACAGCAAGCUCCGUCGGACUGACCGGAGGAGGAUACCGCCCCCACCCGACCUCUCCUUAUAUCCUACACCAGCCAGAUCUCUUCCUUCCUUUUCUUCUCACUCUCUUCGCAAUUAUUAUUCUUUCUUAACUUGUCUAUAUUUUUCAAUCUAUAAAAUUUAAUCUUUUAGAUCCUCAUUACCCUUUUCAUUCUCCAAAUUGCGAAUUGCCUCAAACCAUGAACGACUUCGAUGGACUCUUAGCAAAUGAUUUCGGGUUAAAACCGCAGGGAAAAUCGGCUCCAAUGGCUGCAUCCAAGGGGUCUACUAAUACCACCGCCAGCACCUCCGGAUCCGCUCGUAAUUCUAUCAACUGUAGUGGGAAUUUCAUGGUUGACAGAGACUCGCCAUUUGGGUUGUCGGAUAAUCAGAAGUAUCGAGAUACUGCUGUUUUCGAUGACCUGUUUGGGUCUCCUGCGAGCCUCCCGGGCAAAUCACAAAGUCUUAAAGCUGAUUCGUCAUUCAAUUUGAAUUACAUGUUCAAUGGUUCCGGCGAUUAUGGUUCCAAGUCCACGAAUUCGCCAGUGUAUGACAAACCCGUCUACGACGAUGACAUUUUCAAUGGCGUUCCUGGGCUGAAGAGUUCGUCAAAAGUUAAAUAUGAUGACAUUUUUGUGGCCGCAUCGUCGGCUCCGGAGGGAGGUGGUAGUGCAUUUGAUGAUCUCCUUGGCGGGUUUGGCAAGGCAGGGCGUGACUCAAAUAGUUCGGAUGGGAAGCGACCGGGAAAGAAUGAUAGCAGUGGAGACUUCAACGGUAGAAGCGUGAAUCAAAAUGCAUUCGAUGAUCUCCUUGGUGGGUUUGGGGCCAGGAGCUCCCCUAGUGCCAGGCCAGUUCCUGAUAUUGGUUUGUCCUCAGAACCAACUGCCAGGGCAUCUAAAACAACCCCUGGUAUGACAGAGGAUCCUUUUAAGGUAUUUGAAUCAGCUUCGGCCCCCCAUGAUUCAUCUUCAGGCCAAUUUGUGGACCCAUUGGAGCAGAUUAGUAAAUUUAGUAGUUCUAGAAGCAUGCAAAAUGAUAGUUCAGUAAAUUCUAAUGGGAGAGUAUAUGAUGAUAUUGAUCCCUUUGGAGGGCUUGGAAAAUCUGUGCCAGCAUUCUCAUCAGGAAUGAAUAAUAGGAAGGAUGGCAGUCCUCCACAUACAAAUACAAGCUCAAAUUGGUCUAGAGACAAAGAAUCAAUCAAGAGAUCUUCUGUGAGGAGUACUGAGAGACAAGCACAAAGCAGGAUACCAGUUGAUCAUAAUCAAGAAUUUCAAGAGGUUCCUUUUGACAUACCUACAUAUCCAUCUGAUUAUGAUAAACCAGUUAACCGAAGGGCUUCUUCACUGCCAAACAAUUAUGUUGGUUUUAGAGAGCCUGAUGUUCAAGUGAAUAUGCCUCCUAAAUACGAAGAGAAUUCAGAAUUAAAUGAUAUAUGGUUAACGGUAUCAGAGAUUCCUCUUUUUACACAACCAACUACUGCUCCACCACCUUCAAGACCCCCUCCACCACGACCUGCUUCUGCCAAUGCUAAAAAGAAGGCUAAAGAGGCGGCUUCUUUUCAAAGUUCUUCUCGGUUCUCCCAAGGUCCUAAGUCUGCUUCUGCUGCAGCAGUGGCAUCAUCACAGUUUGAUGAACUUCAGGAUUUUUCCAUGGGCAGGAGUCAUGGUAAUGAUGAUGACCAUGUAAAUGAUCAUCUUAAUGAAGAGUUAGAGAUGAAUUCUGCGGCUGCAGCUAUGAAGGAGGCUAUGGAUAGAGCUGAAGCUAAAUUCAGGCAUGCAAAGGAAGUUAGAGAGAGAGAGAAUAUAAAGGCUUCAAGAAGCUACUUGGAAAAUGAUGAGAGAGUUGUGCAAGAGGAUAGAGAAAAGCAAGAAAGGUUAGAUCAUGAAAGGCAAAGGAGGGAGAGGGAGCAAAGGAGACUUGAGGAAGAAAAGGAGAGAGAGCGGAAAGAAAGAGAGCAGCAACUUGAGAGGGAAAGGGAGAGAGCAAGGGAGAUUGAAAGGGAAAGAGAAAAGGCAAGGCAGGCUGUAGAAAGAGCUACUAGAGAAGCACGUGAAAGAGCAGCUGCUGAAGCUCGACAGAGAGCUGAGAGGGCUGCUGCUGAGAAAGCUAGUGCUGAAGCUCGAGAACGAGCUGAAAGAGCUGCUGUACAGAGGGCACAGGCUGAAGCCCGUGAAAGGGCUGCUGCUGAGGCUAAGGAAAGGGCUGAAAAGGCUGUUGCAGAGGCAAGAGAAAGGGCAAAUUCAGAGUCAAAGGAAAGGGAAGCAUGGGAUAGAGCUGCAGCUGCAAGGGCUGAAGCACGAGUUAGAGCAGAGCGUGCUGCUGUUGAAAGGGCAGCUGCAGAGGCACGAGAAAGAGCUGCUGCUCAGGCUCGAGAAAAGGCUGCAGCUGCUACCAGGGCAAACCAGCAAAAGAAUGAAAAUGAUCUUGAAUCCUUUUUUAGCAUGGGUACACGAGCUAACAGUGCUCCAAGGCCUCCCAGGGCAAACUCUUCGGACUCUGUGUUUGAUAACCAGUCUCAACCAGACAUAACAAGGAAAUCAACGGGGGGAUCUUCAAGCAUGAAGAAAGCAUCAUCAUCAACUAAUAUUGUUGAUGAUCUUUCCUCAAUUUUUGGAACUGGUCCAUCCUCAUUUGGGGAAUUUCAAGAAGUUGAAGGGGAAAGUGAGGAGAGACGAAGAGCUAGGUUGGAACGCCACCAGAGGACUCGGGAGCGUGCGGCGAAAGCAUUGGCUGAGAAGAAUCAGCGGGACCUACAAACUCAGAGAGAGCAAGCUGAAAGACAUAGGAUUGCUGAAACUUUGGAUGUUGAAAUUAAGCGUUGGGCUGCUGGAAAAGAGGGGAACUUGCGUGCUUUGCUCUCAACCUUACAAUAUGUGCUGUGGCCUGAAUCUGGUUGGCAGCCAGUUUCUUUGACUGAUUUAAUUACAGUGGCAUCUGUUAGAAAAGUUUAUAGGAAAGCUACUCUGUGCGUCCAUCCUGAUAAGGUGCAGCAGAAAGGUGCAACACUUCAACAGAAAUAUAUUGCAGAGAAAGUGUUUGAUUUACUCAAGGAAGCAUGGAAUAAGUUCAAUUCCGAGGAGCUUUUCUAAUCAUUCAAGGUGGUUUUUUCAUCUACUUUGUUGAGGGGCCACAACCUUGUAUUAGCUGCGCCCCCUCCUGGCCGCCCCUCCUUUUGACCAUGUAUUUUUCUGAUUGAAAGUGAAAUGCAUGGGUGGUGAAAUACUGCUUCCUUGUGGCUUUGAGGUUGCCCCAAGGCUACGCCGUGAAGUAAUUUUUUGGCGUAAUUUCUGUUUUUCCAGUGGCUGCCAGGUUUUCACAGGCUAUUAUGAAUGUAGCAUUGUUUCUUUUGGGUGUAAAAUCAAUUUGUGAGCACCUUUCAGUAUUCUUUGAGUGAAGGUUCUUGAGCGGCCCGUUUUUGUUGAUCCAAUUUGUUACUUGUGAUAUAGAACGAUCUAUUGAAUGUAUACCAGCCAUCGUGGAAGCGUGGAUUUGCAUCAAAAUCUAGGAGACCCACCAGUGUUGGGUUGAGCUAGGAAUCACCCAUGAGUCCUUUGCACAAGCAUAUUCAAUUUAAAAAUCAAAAUUGUUUGUCAUCGGUGGUGUUCAAUCAAGAUCAUAUGUGGGUGGGAUGAAUUCUCAAAACCAUAUGACUCCGUCAGUUACUGACGGAAAAAUUUUGUAUCCAUUUGUUCUGGUUCUGACGUGUAAUAUCUAUAUUUUACUGAAUCCUAUCUGCCUUGGAAUUAUUUACUUGUUCCUUCUUUUUGAAGUA